GCUGCGCGCGGCACGCAGCUGUUCACCUUGAUCUCCGGCGGAAGGAGACUACGAGCACAGACGCACAGAGGCCGCGAGCUCCGCGAAGGUCCGAGCCAGGCUUGCACCCAGAGGCGGGCAGCAGAGGGUGCCCGACGGAAUCUCCUGCGCUCCGCCUGCCGGGCUCCGGUGUCAGCGCCUGUGGCCGCCUCCUCCAAAGUGACUGCUGCCUCGCCGUCUCCGCCGGGCCCGGGACCAUGAAGCUGCUGCCGUCGGUAGUGCUGAAGCUCUUUCUGGCUGCAGUGCUCUCGGCGUUGGUGACCGGUGAGAGCCUGGAGCGGCUUCGGAGAGGGCUAGCGGCCGGAAUCAGCAACCCGGACCUUCCCACUGGAUCCACGGACCAGCUGCUGCCCUCGGGAGGCGGCCGGGGCCGAGAAGUCCUGGACUUGGAAGAGGCGAACCUGGACCUUUUCAGAGUUGCUUUCUCUUCCAAGCCACAAGCUCUGUCCACACCAAGCAAGGAGGAAUAUGGGAAAAGAAAGAAGAAAGGCAAGGGGUUAGGGAGGAAGAGAGACCCAUGUCUUCGGAAAUACAAGGACUUCUGCAUCCACGGAGAAUGCAAAUAUGUGCAGGAGCUCCGGUCUCCAUCCUGCAUCUGCCACCCAGGUUACCACGGAGAGAGGUGCCACGGGCUGAGCCUCCCAGUGGAAAAUCGCUUGUACACCUAUGACCACACAACCAUCCUGGUCGUGGUGGCCGUGGUGCUGUUCUCUCUCUGUCUGCUCGUCAUUGUGGGCCUUCUCAUGUUUUGGUAUCACAGGAGAGGAGGUUACGAUGUGGAAAACGAAGAGAAAGUGAAGUUGGGCAUGACUAAUUCCCACUGAGAGAGACCUGUACUCAAGGAAUCGGCUGGGGACUGUUACCUCUGAGAAGACACAAGUUUAUCUCAGACUCUGCGGAGGGAAAGGACUUCACAACUAGCCACGAAGACUCCCUCUUCCCUAGUUGCUGUCUAGAUUGGGCCUCCCAUAAUUGCUUUGCCAAAAUACCAGAGCCUUCAAGUGCCAAACAAUAUGUCCAGUGAGAUCUGGGUCAGAAGAAAGCAGAAUCAAGGGACCUUCAUGCCCUCUGAUUCCCCGCCUCCAAACCCCACUCACCCCCAUAAGUUUGUUUAAACACUUAUCUUAUGGAUUAAAAUGCCAGUUAAAUUCCACAUGCUCCAGGAUCUUCGACUAAAAACAAAAGAAGAAGAAGGCAAGAUGUGUAGACUAGAAGAAAGUAACAAAGAUUUUCGAGAAGCCAUGUACUCAAGUAGUUGCCAAGGGAUCUGCCAUUGGGACUCUCCAGUGCUGGAUUUGAUGAGCUAACUGUGAAAUACCACUAAGCCCAAGAACUUUGAGUUUUGGGACUUCAACCCAGAUGGAAAAAUAAUUUAACAGCUAUUUUUUUUUGUUUGUUUGUAAAAUGCAUCUUAAAUUAUAUAUUUAUUUUAUUCUAUGUAUGUUAAUUUAUUUAGUUUUUAACAAUCUAACGAUAUUUCAAGUGCCUAGACUGUUACUUUGGCAAUUUUCUAGCCCUCAACCCGGAUUCCCCCCACCAUCUGGCUCAGCGCCACACUCCUCUGCCGCAAAUCUGCAAUGGCUCUGUGACCCUUCUGUAGUAAUUUAUUGUCUAUCCACAUUUCUGAAGACCUUUCAUGAUCAGAGUGCCACAGGAGGGAGUUCUGUAAGGUCAGGAUGUAGGAGUUAACUUUGUCAGAUCCACUCUAUGAGUUGGACUGCAGUCUGGCCUAGGCAAUUUUGUCUACCAUUUGUGUUUUGAAAACUGAAGGUGCUGUUGUCAAGGUGUAACAGAUAUUGAUGUUUCCCUGCAUCCUCUCCCUCCCAAAUCUCAGAAGAGGUUGGGUUCCCAUGCCUGCAGCUUUCCUGCUCACAAUCCCCUCCCCUUGACCCCCAGCCCACAGAAUGAGAAUUCAUUCUCCCUUGUGUCAAGACAUUUCUUCUGGUGCUACUCCAUGCAGGGGUCCUUGCAGCAGAGGACAGUCUAGAAAAGGUGUCAGCAAAGAAAAAGGCUGGCACACAAUAGGAAACAUUGGAGGUGGCUGUUCUUGGUAUUGAUUACCUACCAAUUUCUGCAGAGAGGGUUGGAGGUAGGGAAGGCUUUUGUGUAAAUACAGCCACCUCACCAAAAGUACAAAGGUAUGCUGUCAUGGUCCCUUCUGGAAGUUUCUGGUGCCAUUUCUGAACUGUUACAACCUGUAUUUCCAAACCUGGUUCAUAUUUUUACUUUGCAAUCCAAAUAAAGAUAAGAUAAACCUUACUUUCUACCCUUCUGUUUGCCUGUUUUAACUGAGAACUGAUUUAACAUUGGUAUUUUCUAAGCCCUCAGUAUUAGGUUCUAUGCCAGGCCUAUUUAUGUACACUAACUCAGUGUCUCCAACAACCUGUGAUGGAGGUAUUAUUAUUGUCCCACUAUUUCCAGAGGAAGAAACUGAGGUUCAGAGAGGUUAUGUAACUUGCCUGAGGAUACACAGUUGGUAAGUGACAAAGCUGGGACUCAGACCCUGUUAGUCUGACUCCAAUUAUUUUGUCUAAAUACUUAAACCAUACUACUUCCGAGACAAAAGAGAAUAGACCUUUCACAUAGGAGGUGUGGCUGAAAUCAGGAAAGACGUCCAUUUAUUUGAGGACCAGACUCUGGAAUCUGGGCCUGGCCCUGUGCCUUAUAUGAAAGCAGGCAUUGCUCCUGGUGAAAACAAGAUAUUCUUGAGACCCCUCUCAUGCUCCACAGCCAAUCCACCAGCAAAUCUUGUCAGUCCUACCUUUAGAAUAUAUCCUUAUGCAACCCUUUCUCAUCAUGCCUCAACUAGCACAACAGUUCGCUUCAUCAUCAUCUCCUGCCUAGACUCUUGGGAUAGCAUCCUGCCUCUCUUCUACCUUGCCCCUCUACAGUCUAUUUCCAACAUAGCAGCCAGAGUGACCAUUUUAAAACAUAAUUCAGAUCUUGUCUGCUCUCCAAGCUUUUCUUGACCACCCUAUUAUACAAUUGCAUAUCCCUCCCCCACCCCACUCUUAUUUUCCUUACUUUGCUUUGUUUUUCUCUAUCAUACUUAUCAUCACUGACAUAUUCAUAUUUGUUCAUUCUCCAUCACCUCCUACUAGAAUGUUAACUCCAUCCACAAGGGCAGAGGUGUGCACUUUUCAAUCCCAAAUUCUAAAAUAAUCCAAUUGAGUUAUAGGCACUCAAUUUUCACAAGGAUGAAUGAAUGAAUGAAUAUAAGAAACAAUACAGUCCAGUGCCAGCAAGUGGACAGGUAUGCAAGCCAAUGUUGUCUUUUGAAGUGCCAUUGGGUUUAGAGAAGGGCCCCUGUGGGGAGGGUGAAUGGGGAUCACAGGAUGAAAGUGGAAUUUGGGGCAGGCUGUGUGGCUACGGUGUCCUGGGUGGAUUGGAGGAUGAGAGAUCCAUUGAGAGGCCAUUAAACAAGUGACACUGGUCGGCCCCUUGUCAUCCUCUUCCCUUGGAGAGUUGUGACAUUCUGGAGUUUUUCUAGGAUCUGGUAUUUACUUUGAACUUCCUUUUAAAACUUGGCAGUACCCACCAAAGCUGAAUAUAUGCAACCCUAUAGCCCAGCAAUUCCACUCUAGGGAUAUACACAAGAGAAAUGAGUAUAUAUGGUGAUCAAAGACAUGUACAAGAAUGAUCUUAGCAGCAUUAUUUACAACCCAAAACUGGAAACUACCCAACUAUGCAUCAGCAGUGGAAUGAAUAAAUAAACUAUGGUAUAUCUAUACAAUGAUAAAUAGCAAUAUGCAUGAAUUUCACAACAUAGUGAAAGAAGCCAGACACAAAGGGUACUUUCUGUGGGAUUCCAUUUAUUUAAAAUUCAAAAACAGACCAAAUCAAUCUAUGGUGCAAGAAAUCAGGAAAGAGGUUCUUGUUGGGGUGCAUAAUGGCUGGAAGGGGAACCAAAGAGGACUUCCAGGGUUCUGAUAAUGUUAUGUUCCAUGAUCCGGGUGCUGGCUAAAUAGGUGUAUUCACUUUGUGAAAAUUCAUUGAGCAUGACUUGUGCAUUUUUCUGUAUGUGUUAUACUUGUACAAUACUUACACAAUAAGAAAUUUUUAAAAAACCAGACUUGUAUAGGGGACAGUUUUGAUGUUUGCAUUACAUAAAAUACUGUAAAGUACUUAUGUAUUACUUUGAUAAUCAGAGAAAAUAGUAAAGAUGUCAGAAAUAA